AUGUCGCUUUGUUCCCUCUGUGGGAGCAUCACUCACAACCAUCUCUUCAACUCUCUCUCUCUCUCUCUUUCUGGAUCUCCGUGUAGGAUGACUGCUGGGGGCGGCGUUCUGACACCAUCCAGUGCGGGGGCGCAAAUUAUCCACUUGGCCUCUCGCCUUCUUGUUGGCGUGAGGCUGCAUGGCACCAUCGCCGCUUUUCACCCUCGCAGCCGCGGUCAACUGAAGUGCCGCCCGUUCCUUCGCUACUUUGCCGAGACGCUGCAUCGACUCCGCUGCGACGUGACGCUGUUUGUCCCUGUCAACUCACGCACGGGGCCACAGCAGCUGGCGGAGCUCAGCACGCAUGAAUUUCCCUGCGAGUACCGCGUGGUGCAUGAUCCGACGUCAGGGGCUGUGGAUGACUGUGGCAGGGGGCAGCGCAGGGGCGGGGGCGGUGCGUCGCGGGGGAACUUCCAGGACCUCCUCAGCAGGGUGGCAGCAGAACAGCAGACAUCCCCAAGUCGCAUCUUAUUUAUCGAAUCUGAGAUCAACUACCGCUUCAGCCCCGUGCAGACGCUUGUUGUGGAGGCGUUCCAGCCACAUCGCAUUCGUCAACGCCGGCGGUCAAUUGGGGAGGCGGCGGAGGCGGAAGAAAGACGCCAGGCGGGAGAACAUCACGCGGCACUGUUAGAGUCGGAGUAUUCAUGGACGCAGGGAGGGCGUGCGUCACGACCGCGUCAUGCGCAGUCCUCGGCACCGUUUUCUGCCGAGCUACACGGUGAUCCACAGGAGGAAGCGAAGAAGGACGAUGUACGUUCGGCGGCUCUUGCCAUUAACCGGGAGGACUACACGCUGGUGGCACUAGCUGGGAUGCUGGUCGAACUUGCAGCAGCGGAUGUUGCCGUCGCGGAUUAUUUGCGCGUGGAGCCACUGGUUGAGAAGCUUACGGUACCCUUUCACGGGAAGGUGAAUUAUCUCCCAAUGGAGAACUGUGACGACAUGGAGUUGUGGGACUGGACCGCCGUGGAGGUCCGAGAGGCGAGGAGGAAGGAAGAGGCAGAGACGGCCGUACCGGAGGUGGAAGAACGGGAGGAGCACCGUGAUCUAUUCAAAUGA